AUGGGGCCAUCCUUUCAAUUACUCUUGCUGCUCAUUGGGCAGUGCCUGGCCGGCAGAGCGGCAGUGCAUCCUUUCGAUCUGGGAGCUAGAGAGGCGUCCAAUCCCUGUCAGGAUGUGCGUGUGGCUGGCUUCAUUUGCGUGGACUGCUCCACGCUGGGCUACUGCCUGCACGAUGGCAACGGCCAGUGGGAGACGCAAACGAUGAUGACGUGCGAGUCGGAUCACAGCUUCUACUGCACGGACGAGGGCACCUUUGGCUGCACCUGGCAGUCCAAGUGCCACGUCCCAAAGCGCGGAAAGUUCUACUGCCAGCAGCCGGGAAUGUUCCCAGAUCCGUACGAAUGCCGCAACUACCACGAGUGCAGCGCCCAGAACGUGGACACCCCCCACCAGUGUGCGAAUGGAGCCGCGUACUCCACCCUCACCGACAGCUGCACCCUGCCGAAGGACAGCGACCAGUGCUCGGACGUCCAGUACGCCUGCAGUCGUGCAGGGCAGACGGGCGCCUGGCCGGCGGACAGUCGAUUCUACUACAUCUGCCAGAGGGAUACCUCUUCGGAGGGCACCUUAUUCCCGCUACUGUUGCGCUGCUCCGAGGGAUACGUCUUCAACGGCUACAGCUGUGUGACUCCCACCAGGAAUCUGACGCCCAGGAGCACCCCCGUGGCUAGAUCCUGCUCGAAUUUCGCCAUCUCCAAGUGUCCCGAUUCCACGGCCAGCGAUGAGUACUGCCUGUGCAUCAAUGGAACCCUGGAGACGCAGAAUUGCCCCGAUGGCUCGUACUUUGAUGCCCAGCAUUUGGUGUGCCGCCUAGGCACCGUAGAUGCCGACGGAGAAGUGCCCUCUGAUUCGGGGGCCACCACUGGAUCCGGCAUCUGUCAGCGCGUGGGCAUGGUUGGCGAUUUGACCGACUGCUCGACCUUCUAUCAUUGCGAUGCGGUUGGGGCAACGAUGAAGCGCUCCCCCACCGGAACGUGCCCCAUCGGGACGAUUUUCAGCCUCUCGAAAUUAAUUUGCGAGGCAGGAACUUGUUGA